AUGUCUACAAUAGCUUUGCAACAAUUUGUUGCAAAUCUGAAAUCGCGCUACGAACACGUUCGGUACAAAGCAGUAAACGACCUAGCCUUGUACGUGAAAAGUGAACUUAGGGAAGCCACUGCAGAUGAAAUUAAUAACUUUUUAGAUGAAUUUAACCAUCAUAUCUUUGAAAUGGUAUCUAGUAAUGAUGUCAACGAGAAAAAAGGAGGAAUUCUUGCCAUAGUUUGUCUGAUUAGCACCGAUGUGGGAAAUAUGACUUCAAGAAUCAGUAGAUUCGCUAAUUAUCUUAGAAAUUUGCUUCCAUCUAAUGAUGUAGGAGUAAUGGAAUUAGUUGCAAAAGCCAUGGGGCAUUUAGCCAUAGUCUCUGGUUCCAAAGCAUCUGAGUAUGUUGAAUUUGAAGUUAAAAGGGCCUUUGAAUGGCUCCAAGAAGACAAAGCAGAUGGCAAAAGACAUGCUGCAGUGUUGGUAUUGAAAGAGUUGGCAAUUACAAUGCCAACAUAUUUUUAUCAGCAAGUGUCUCAAUUUUUUGAGUUAAUUACUAAUGCUAUUCAAGACCCUAAAGUGGCCAUACGAGAAGGGGCUGUAGAAGCACUCAGAGCAGCUUUGGUAGUGACUGCUCAAAGAGAAGUUGGUAAAGUAAGCUGGUAUAGGCAAUGUUAUGAAGAAUCUGGAAAGCUUUUGCUUGCUGACAAAGGAGAGAGAAUUAAAGACGAAAGGGUACACGCAUUCCUACUGAUACAAAAUGAAGUGCUUCGCUUGGCCAAUGCCAGUUGGGAACGGAAAUACACUUGCUUACUUGAGAGAACUGAUCCGAAACGUUCCAACGACCAAGAAAGUUUUAGUUUUAACAGGCCACUAUUUAUGUACCCUACGCCGCACAAGAAAACUAUAAAUUACCAACUUUUACAAACUUUGACACCAGAGAAAACAGUUAUUAUAGAAUCACCUGCUUGUCACCAGCUCGUUGCUGAAAAAUUUCCAUAUAUUUGCAUUGACAUCAUGCAACAGAAGUUUAAUAGAUAUAGUUAUGUUCAGCAAACGUUGCUGAAUAUUUUGCCUCGACUAGCAGCUUUUGAUAAAACUGAUUUUGUACAGAAACACUUGCCGGGAUCGAUGAAUUAUUUGUUCAAUAUGCUAAGAAGUAGAGAAAAGGAAAGAAACAUGGCGUUUAUUGCUGUUGGCCUGAUUGCCAUCGCUGUGGAAGAAGAAAUAGAGCCAUAUGUCGAUAGAAUAAUGGAACUUAUUAAAGGAGCUUUACCGAGAAGUGAGAUGACCCUAAAGAAACGGGCUACUAUUGAUCCCAGCGUUUUUAAGUGCAUUACGUUUUUGGCUUUGGCCCUAGAGAGUCAUGAAAAAAUGGAUAUCCCCAAUAUUCUGGAGCAAAUGCUUGCAACAGGAUUGUCUUCCUCACUUACAAUUUGCUUAAGGGAACUUGCUAAAAGCGUACCUAUUCAUAAGGAAAAAAUUAGUUUAGGCCUACUAAAAAUGUUAUCUCAAAUUCUACUAAACAAGCCUUUGAUCCAUCCUGGCACUCCAAGACAUUUGACUACUAAUUUAAUUCCCAUCAAUAGUUCUUCAGACAUGUACGAUACUCAAAUCAUAGUACUCGCUUUGCAUACUUUGGGAACCUUUGAUUUUGAAGGUCAGCGUCUACUGCCAUUUGUACAACGUUGUGCUAACCAUUUUCUCGUCCACGAUCAAACUGAAAUAAGAUUAGAAGCUGUUAGAACAACGUGCAGACUCCUUCGGCAUGCAAUUCGAAGCACUGUUAAAAAUCCCUCAGACACUGUAACAACAACAGUUGCGUCUGUUUUAAACAGAUUGCUAAGUGUGGGUCUAAUAGAUAUGGAGGCAAUAGUAAGAAGAGGUGUAUUGAUGUCUCUUGAUCCGACUUUUGAUCACCAUUUAGCACAAGCAGAAUCUUUAGGAGCCCUAUUUAUAGCUCUCCAAGAUGAAGUAUUUGAAAUUAGAGAAGUGGCUCUAUUCACUAUAGGUCGAUUGAGUUGCAUGAAUCCUGCUUACAUAAUGCCUAGUUUGAGGAAAGUAUUAGUACAGCUUUUAACAGAAUUAGAACAUUCUGGCAUAGGCAGGAAUAAGGAGCAAGGCGCCAGGAUGCUGGAUCAUCUUGUUGUAAGCGCUCCUAGAUUGAUCAGGCCUUAUAUGGAGCCUAUUUUAAAGGUUCUAGUACCAAAACUAAAAGAACCUGAACCUAACCCAGGAGUGAUAUUAUCAGUGUUAAUGACAAUCGGGGAUUUAGCAGAAGUAACUGGAGGCGAUUCAGAACUGCAGCAGUGGAUGCACGAAUUGAUGCAAAUUCUAUUAGACAUUCUCAGCGAUUCGUCCUCUCCUGAUAAACGAUCUGCCGCUUUGUGUACUUUAGGGCAAUUAGUCGGAGCUACAGGUCAUUUAGUCAACCCAUACAACCAAUAUCCAUUACUGCUGGAUGUGUUAAUCAAUUUUCUUAAGACUGAACAGCAGCCCGCGAUCAGGAGAGAAACGAUUAGAGUAUUAGGAUUGCUAGGUGCUUUGGAUCCCUACAAACACAAAAUAAAUCGAGGUCAGAUAGAUUACCAACCCGAAGCUCCGAUGCUUAUAGCAAUGACUGACAAAGGAGCAGGUGAGAGUGACGGCGAAUUUGGUCUCAAUUCUAGCGAAAUGUUAGUCAGCAUGAGUUCGCAUACAUUGGAGGAAUACUAUUUGGCUAUGGCUAUCGCGACCCUAAUGAAAAUUAUAAGAGAUCCCGCUUUGGCACAGCAUCACACUAUGGUCGUUCAGGCGGUGACAUUUACUUUUAAGAGUUUAGGUAUCAAGUGUGUACCGUAUAUUUCACAAGUGCUUCCAAGUUUAUUAAACGUCGUGAGAACUGCUGACGUCAAUUUUAGGGAAUUUCUAUUUCAACAGUUGGCCCAAUUGGUUGCUAUUGUUAAACAACACAUUCGUAAUUAUUUGGACGAUAUAUGCGAUUUGAUAAAAGAGUUUUGGGUACCGAACAGUUCCAUACAGAGUACCAUCAUUUUAUUAUUGGAGCAUAUUGCAAUUGCACUGGGUGCGGAAUUUAAGGUAUAUCUACCAAGAUUGAUUCCUCAGAUAUUGAGAGUUCUGAAUCAUGAUACAUCGAAAGAUAAGCAGUACACUCUAAAAUUAUUAGAAGCGAUGCAUAAAUUUGGGAAUAAUUUGGAAGAUUAUAUGCAUUUAAUAUUACCGCCUAUCGUAAAAUUAUUUGAUGCCCCUGACUGUCCAACUGCUGUGCAAAAACAGGCCUUAGAAACUAUCGACCAGUUGGCGGAAAUUUUAGAUUUUUCUGAUUUUAUUUCGAGGAUUAUCCAUCCCUUAAUGAGAACCAUCGAUAAGAACAAUUCACCUGAACUACGAGAAGCGGCUAUAGAGUGUUUGUGUACUCUUGUAAUGCAGCUGGGUCGCAAAUUCUGCAUUUUCGUGCCGAUGGUAACGAAAAUCAUGUCGAAGCACAAAAUCCAAAACAGAAAAUUCGAAAUACUUCUAUCGAAAAUUCAAACGGAAACGACAAUGGCCGACGAGACGGAUUUGGGCAUUACAAGAACCAAAACGAAGAGAAGUAGAGAAGAUACGGCAGUGACGAACGAUUCCUCGAUGAGCCAAAGACUGAAGGUAUCCGUGAAGAACUUACAGCAAGCCUGGACUCCCAGCAGAAGGGUUUCUAAGGACGACUGGUUAGAGUGGCUGCGUUGCUUGAGCUUGGAACUUCUUAAACAGUCCCCUAUUCCCGCCCUGAGAUCCUGUCUUCCAUUAGCUCAAACCUACUCUCAACUCCCUAAAGAUCUCUUUAAUGCCGCCUUCGUCAGUUGCUGGGCAGAACUGUUAGACGAUAAGCAGAAGAGUUUAAUACUCGGAUUGGAGUUAGCGCUGAAGGUGCCCAAUGUUCCGGAAAUAACUCAAACCAUCUUAAAUUUGGCCGAGUUUAUGGAGCACUGCGAUAAGGGACCGUUACCGUUGGAUCCUCAUUUAUUGGGUGAACACGCGAUGCAUUGUAGGGCGUACGCCAAGGCUCUUCACUACAAAGAAGAAGAAUUCCAACGGGCCGGAGGAAACAAUGAUAACGUUGUCGAGUCUUUGAUAUCUAUAAAUAACAAAUUGCAACAAAAAGAAGCGGCCGAAGGUCUUCUUCAAUACGUUUUAAGAAAGUCCGGCAAUGCCCUGGUAAAAGUCGGUUGGUAUGAGAAGCUUCAUAACUGGGACAAAGCCCUCGGAAUGUACGAAGAAAAACUAGAAAGUGAAGAGUUUGAUCAAGAAGCGAUUUUAGGCCAGAUGAGAUGUUUGGAGGCAUUGGGAGAGUGGUCGGGUCUUCACGAUUUGGUAGAAAUCAAGUACAAUGUGUUAUCAGAGAAUUUCAAGCAAAAAGCUUGUCGCCUAGCUGCAGCUUCAGCUUUUGGACUUCACAAUUGGUCUUCUAUGGAGCGUUACGUUAAAUGCAUUCCUCUAGAUUCUCAGGAAGGAGCUUUUUAUCGGGCCAUAUUAGCAAUUCAUAAAGAACAAUACAGGGUAGCACAAGAUUAUAUUUACACAGCUCGUGAUAUGUUAGACAAGGAAUUGACAGCCAUGGCUGGGGAAAGUUACCAAAGAGCCUAUGGAGCCAUGGUCCAAGUACAAAUACUUAGUGAACUUGAAGAAGUUAUGCAAUAUAAAUUGGUGCCUGAACGCAGGCCUACAAUAAGGGCCCUCUGGUGGCAGCGAUUGCAAGCCGGUCAAAGUUUAGUUGAGGAUUGGCAAAAAAUAAUUCAAGUUCAUUCUUUGGUGCUGGAACCUCAGGAAGAUAUACAUACCUGGUUGAAAUACGCAGCUUUGUGCAGAAAGAAUGGAUCUAUACAACUUUCUCACAAAACUUUGGUUAUGCUGUUGGGCUACGACCCAGAAGAAAACCCUCAAAUAUUAUUACCGGUUACAUCACCACAUGUGACCUUUGCUUACACCAAGCAUUUAUGGGCGACUGAUCAGAAGCCGAGGGCUUUUCAGCAGCUUGAACUGUUCUUGAAUGAAUAUACUCUGCAUACAGAGUCCAAUUUGACUCCUGAAGAAAGACAAGCUUUGCUAGCAAGGUGCUACUUAAAAUUAGGUACUUGGCAAGAAUCUUUGGAGGGUAUUACAGAAAAUUCUGUAACCAAUAUUCUAAACUGUUACCAACAGGCCACCGAAUAUGAUAAGGAUUGGUACAAAGCAUGGCAUUCCUGGGCGUAUAUGAACUUCGAAACCGUGUUAUUCUACAAAAAUAAACAAGAUACUGAGAAAGGAAAAUCAGAGAGACCAAACAAUGAUUCAGAAACUAACCUCGAUUUGAAUAAACACACUGUAUUAGCUGUACAAGGCUUUUUCAAAUCAAUCUACUUAUCUCAAGGCAGCUCCCUCCAAGACACGUUACGUCUUCUAACGCUUUGGUUCGACUAUGGACAAUCCGCUCAAGUUUCCGAGGCCAUCGCCGAAGGAAUUCGUUUGGUAGAGAAAAACACUUGGCUCCAAGUGAUUCCCCAAUUGAUAGCCCGUAUCGACACUAAUCGCCUGUUGGUCUCGAAAUUGAUCAAUCAUCUUUUAGUGGACAUAGGCAAAACUCAUCCGCAAGCUCUCGUCUAUCCUUUGACGGUGGCGACGAAAAGUAAUUCUAGUGUGAGAAGGAGCGCCGCUAAUAAAAUACUGAAAAGUAUGAGUGAACAUUCUCAUACCCUAGUCAGACAGGCGUUGAUGGCUUCAGAAGAAUUGAUCAGAGUCGCCAUUUUGUGGCACGAAAUUUGGCACGAGGGACUGGAGGAAGCAUCAAGGCUUUAUUUUGGAGAACGUAACGUCGAAGGUAUGUUACGGAUCUUGGAACCAUUACAUACAAUGAUGCAGAGGGGCCCUGCAACUUUAAAAGAAACGAGUUUCAAUCAGGCUUACGGAAGGGACUUGGCUGAUGCUCAUGAAUGGUGCCAACGAUACAAAGUAUCUGGCAGUAUUCGAGACCUGAACCAAGCUUGGGACUUGUAUUAUCACGUAUUUAGAAGGAUAUCCAGGCAAUUACCUCAAUUAACGUCAUUGGAAUUGCAAUAUGUUUCCCCAAAUUUACUGAUAUGUAAAGAUUUGGAACUAGCUGUGCCUGGAAGUUACUCACCCGGACAAAAUAUUGUUAGAAUAGAUCAUUUUAAUCCUUCUCUGGAGGUGAUAACUUCGAAACAACGCCCAAGAAAAUUAGUAAUACGAGGCAGCAAUGGCAAAGACUACAUGUUCCUUCUCAAGGGCCAUGAAGAUUUGAGACAAGAUGAGCGAGUCAUGCAGUUAUUUGGUCUAGUCAAUACACUUCUUCUGAAGGAUCCUGAUACAUUCCGAAGAAAUUUAACCAUACAGCGUUACGCCGUUAUACCUCUUAGUACUAAUUCUGGACUCAUAGGUUGGGUACCUCAUUGUGAUACUCUACACACAUUAAUUAGAGAUUAUAGAGAUAAGAAAAAGAUUCUCUUGAACAUUGAACAUCGUAUAAUGUUAAGAAUGGCAGCUGACUACGAUCAUUUGACGGUGAUGCAGAAAGUGGAAGUUUUCGAACAUGCUCUCGAACAUACUCACGGCGAUGAUUUAGCCAAGUUGUUGUGGUUAAAGAGUCCGUCCUCGGAAGUGUGGUUCGACAGGAGAACGAAUUAUAUAAGAUCUUUGGCUGUUAUGAGUAUAGUGGGAUAUAUUCUUGGAUUGGGCGAUCGGCAUCCUAGUAAUCUUAUGCUUGAUAGACUGAGUGGUAAAAUCCUCCAUAUCGACUUUGGAGACUGUUUUGAAGUAGCAAUGACUAGGGAAAAGUUCCCCGAAAAGAUCCCAUUUAGACUGACGAGAAUGCUCAUCAAUGCCAUGGAAGUAACUGGGAUAGAUGGUACAUAUCGCAGGACUUGCGAAUCGGUUAUGUCUGUGUUACAUAGGAAUAAAGAUAGUCUUAUGGCUGUGUUGGAAGCUUUUGUAUAUGAUCCUUUGUUGAAUUGGAGAUUAAUGGAUGCCACCAUGAAAAAUCGGACGAAUACCGGAGAAAUUGGGUCAUUUUCUACUGUAGGUACUUCUCAAGAUCACGAUCUUAUCGAAUCCCUUAGCUUGACGUUAAACAAGAAAAACCUCUUAGCGGACAUAGUAAGCGAAAGUUCUCAACCAGAAGGCGUCAAUAAAAAGGCAGUAUCCAUCAUCAAUAGGGUUAGAGAUAAAUUAACCGGUAAUGAUUUCAAUGCCGAUGAAUCCCUGACUGUUGAAAAGCAAGUGGAUUUGCUAAUACUGCAAGCCACCAGUAACGAAAAUUUAUGUCAGUGUUACAUUGGUUGGUGUCCUUUUUGGUAA